ACGAAACGUAAAAUCGGUGAAAAUUUCACAGAAUUGGGUCACUCCAGCUGAAGAAUCUUUCGACUCCGCCUAAGCUCAAAGAUUUUCCGGGGAAGUUUUUCUGUGGAAACAAACAUGGAGUCAUGCCCAUCUGUGAAAAACAUCCUUCUCCUUGAUUCUGAAGGCAAGCGUGUUGCUGUCAAGUAUUAUUCAGAAGACUGGCCAACAAAUAGCACAAAAGAAGCUUUUGAAAAAGCUGUGUUUACCAAGACCCAGAAAACAAAUGCCCGGACAGAAGCGGAAAUUGCUAUGCUUGAGAACCAUAUUAUUGUCUAUAAGUUUGUUCAAGACCUUCAUUUCUUUGUUACGGGAGGAGAAGAAGAAAACGAACUCAUCUUGGCCACAGUUCUUCAGGGCUUUUUUGAUGCAGUUGGUCUUCUUCUUAGAGGCAAUGUAGACAAGAAGGAAGCUCUUGAGAACUUGGAUCUCAUUCUAUUAUGCCUUGACGAAAUUGUUGAUGGCGGCAUUAUCCUCGAGACUGACUCUAACGUUAUAGCACAAAAGGUGGCAAGUCAUAGUAUGGAUGCCGGGGCACCAUUAUCUGAGCAGACAAUAAGUCAAGCUCUGGCAACUGCUCGCGAACAUCUAGCGAGAUCUCUUCUUAAAUGAAGAGUGACUCGGAUUUUAACAAGAGAAGCAAGAAGGGAACAAGUAAUUUUGUGUGUUUGGAGUGACUUGAUGUGCAAGUCUUGUAAUUUUUGAGCUAUAACAUGUUCUCACCAAAAUGUAUUUGCAUAUGAGACUUCUACUUCCCAAUAUUAGAGUUCCUUUUUUCUUAUCGGCAUUACUUACUUUUGGUCAAUAUCAUCUUCUCUUCCCAACUUGUUUCAUCUUCUUCUUGUAAACUUGAUUUGGAUAUAUAUAUUUAAAAAAGGGGUAUAACAUCA